AUGAUAUUUGGAAGGAGAUUAAAGUACGCAUGUGAGACAUGUAUCAAAGGUCAUAGGGCGCGUGAUUGUUUACAUUUUGAAAGGAUUAAUGAAGGUAGUGUUUUCUUGAUCAAGGAUAGAGGGAGACCUGCAAAGGAUAUGACAGCAGCAUCACUCAGACAAAAAUAUAGACUUCUUCAAGCAGGUGCACAUCCAACUUUAAAUGAAGUUUGCCCUUUCUCAGGAAACUUCAGAUUUGGGUGUAAAGGAAGAUGUUGCCCGAGAAAGGAUGUUAAAGCUGUUUUUAUUGAUGAUCAAUCAAGUGUGCUUGUUUCUGUUUUUGAUGAUAUUGAGUAUAGUGAUGACUGGUACUUUGAAGAUACUAUUCCAGAAUCCGCUGUUGAUGGAAAGGCUGAUUUUUAUGCUAAUAAUGGUCAUAAUGAGGAUACAAAACUGGAUAAGGUGACAAAGCCAAAACGUGCUCCAAAAUUCAAAGAUAAAUCAACAACUAAUGAGCCAAAUGCUGAGCCAAAUGCUGAGCCAGUUAACCAUCAGAACAAUUCAUCUCAAUUUGGUGGUGUGGGACCAAUUCAUCAACAAGAUUCCAAUGUGAUUUCCCAAGAAGAGGUUAUUGGAGGUGUUUCAAGUGAUGUUACCAAUGCUGCUAUUAACACUGUUGCUAAUGAAUAUGAGGAUCAUGACAACGGCAGUGAAGAUUAUGAAAACAGUGCUGGUCUUAUUGAAGAUCCAGCUACCCUUCAAGAGCUCUAUGGAGAUUUUGGGCUCCAAGCAAGACAUUUUUCUGGAAAUUUCCAAUUCACUCAAAGAAAUGCUCCAGUCGAAGUAACUCAACAAGAGCAAGGCUAUUUUAGUCAUUUGAACACUCAAGCAUCUGAAUUCUCACAAAGCCAGGGAAAUUUGUUUCCUUCAACUGAAACGACUGUUAAGAAUGAAGUUCAAGAUGAUAGACACAAUCACAAACUUCAAAAACUAGUGUCUUCAUCCACAGAAAUUACUGAAUCAUCACAAUCGAUUGCCUUUGGAUCAAAUGGGUCUCAUUAUCCAUCAAAUUUGCAAGAAUCGAACUCCUAUUCAACCAAUACACUACCAAGUUCAGAAUUGACACAAGAAGAAAUUGACGAAACUGGAUACUGGCUUCAUGAUUUUAUUAAUGAAGAUGAAAUUGUUGAGGUAGCUUCUGAAGAUUCUGAAGAAAGUGUUGAAGAAGUUUCUGGAGAGAUCGCUGAAGUUUCCGAAGAGGGUGUCAAAGAAGUUCCUCCAGAGAUUCCUCAGCCUGUCCAGCAACUUGAUACUUUCAGUAUUGCCAGUCCAAGUUUUACUGAAGCUGACUUACCAUUUGGAUUCUCCAGUAUUUUUAGUGCAAAUGGUGUUGAUCCACCAGAUUCAGGAAUCAACAUUUCAAAUGUUUUUAGUCCAGAUGGAUCUGAAAGUAGUGGUUUCUCAUCUGGGAAUCCAUUUUAUUGA